UAAAGAACGUUAUGUUGUAAUCUCCUGAAUAACAUUGCUAUUUGCUACUUUUUAACAAACUCGCAGUAUCAUGCUAUCUAGACUUAAAUUACUAAAGUAUUUAAAAAACCUUAAUCGUUGCUAUUCAUCUUCAACUAAAAAUUUGUUAGAGUUACAAAACAGAGGUUUUUAUCAGGAUAUAUUUCCAGAUAAUGUUGGGCCACAACUUAAAAAGCUAUUUUUAUCAUCACCCCAAACUAUCUAUGCCGGUUUUGAUCCUACAGCUAAAAGUUUACAUAUUGGUAAUUUGUUAGUUAUAAUAGGAUUAUUGCAUUGUCAAAGAACUGGACAUAACCCAAUAGCAUUGGUUGGAGGAGCGACUGGUUUAAUAGGUGAUCCAAGUGGGCGAACAACAGAAAGAAGUCUAUUAGGCAAUACCAUUAUAGAAGAAAACUUAGCUUGCAUAGAAAAGCAAAUAAUUACAAUAUUUGAAAAUCACAAAAGGGAGAUAUGGCAAAAACAAAAACAAAAAGGAGCAUUACGUCAACUUAAAGUAGUGAACAACGCAAUUUGGUAUGAAAAUUUAAAUCUGAUCGAUUUUAUUUCAAAAAUGGGUCGACAUUUCCGAAUGGGAUCAAUGCUAUCACGAUCUUCAGUACAAACACGUUUAGCUAGCUCUGAAGGAAUGAGUUUUACCGAAUUUACCUAUCAGAUUUUUCAAGCAUAUGACUGGCUACAUUUAUAUAAAACUUAUAAUUGUAGAUUUCAACUUGGUGGAAGUGAUCAAAUGGGAAAUUUAAUGACUGGUCAUGAACUUAUAAGUAGAAUAGAAAAUAAAAGUGUUUUUGGUUUAACUUUACCAAUAAUUACCAAUGAAGAAGGUGAUAAAUUUGGAAAAUCUGGUGGAAAUCCUAUAUGGUUAGAUAGCGAAAAAACUUCACCAUUCUCAUUUUACCAAUUUUUUAUACGCACACCUGAUUCUGAAGUGGAAAAACUUUUAAAAUUAUUUACAUUUUUACCGUUAUCAGAUAUUGAUGGUAUUAUGGAAGAGCAUCGUGAACGACCGGAAAAACGUAUGGGACAAAAGGAGCUUGCAAGAGAAUUAACAUUACUAGUACAUGGUAAAGAAGGAUUGGAGAAAGCUGAAAAUGUAACCAAUGCUCUAUAUGAAGGAAAUAUAGAUGGGUUAAGUGAAUUAAAUAUUAAUGAAAUAAAGCAAAAUUUUUCGGGUGCAACAUUAUGCGAAAUUCUGCCUGAAGCAGGCAUGACAGUAUUAGAUUUAGCAAUGAAAUCAAAAUGCUUUAAAACUGAAGUUGAUGCUUGCAGAAUUAUUUCAGCUGGGGGGUUUUAUAUUAAUCUAAAGAAGGCUCAAAAUAUAUCAGAAAUUAUAUCGCCUGGAAUACACACAUUAAAGAACGGGCUAACAUUACUUAGAGUGGGUAAAAGAAAUUAUUAUAUUGUCAAAUGGCUUACAUAAGUAAAAGUUAAAGAAAAUAGUAAAAGAAAUUAACUGUAGCGAAACUUUUUUUAUUACAUAAUUAUACUAAAACAAAUAAAUUUAAGUAAAAACAUUAUGCAAAGUUU